CAUCAUCAGCCAUUGAUUUCCUCUCCUCCAUAAAAUUUCUUUUCUUCUUAUUUAUAUAUUCCUAUUCUUAAUACAAGAAGAAAACAGAAGACAUUCUGUUGGUGGAAAAUGGCGGGAAACGGAAACGAAAACGCUGAUGGAGACUUCAGUUUCUCCGCUGCUGCGGCGCGUGAUGCGCUUCCAAGGAUCACAACGGAGAAGGGAGCCAAGUCUGCAGACGUGUGUCACGAUGACACCGCACCGCGGGUUAACUUCCAGACCAUCGACGAGCUCCACUGUCUCCAGAAGAAACGAUCUGCUCCCACCACUCCUCUCAAAGAAGGAGGUGGUGUAGUGAUGGGAACCAGUGGCCCUACCACUCCUUCAUCCGGCGAGACCAUGCUUCAAUCCGUCAGUGCAUCGUUGGCUUCGUUGACGAGAGAGACAGGACCGAAGCUUAUCAGAGGAGAUCCCACGUCGGCCGCGAAAGUGGCACACGUUCCACACACUCCUACGUCAGUUCCAGCUGCUGACGUCAGUGACAGCGGCUUGAAAUUCACUCAUAUCCUUCACAACCUCUCUCCCGCCGAAUUGUACGAGCAGGCGAUAAAAUAUGAGAAAGGAUCGUUUGUGACAUCGACCGGUGCGUUGGCUACGUUGUCGGGAGCCAAAACCGGUCGAUCUCCUAAAGACAAGCGUGUGGUUAAGGAUGAGACAACUGCGUCCGAGCUUUGGUGGGGAAAAGGAUCACCAAACAUUGAAAUGGAUGAACAAACCUUUUUGGUGAACCGAGAAAGAGCUGUUGAUUACUUGAACUCUCUGGACAAGGUGUUUGUGAAUGAUCAAUACCUAAACUGGGACCCAGAGAACAGCAUCAAAGUCAGAAUAGUAUCAGCAAGAGCUUACCAUUCACUUUUCAUGCACAACAUGUGUAUCCGUCCAACACCUGAGGAGCUAGAGAAUUUUGGGACACCUGAUUUCACCAUCUACAACGCAGGAAAAUUCCCAUGCAACCGUUACACUCAUUACAUGACAUCAUCGACUAGUAUCGACAUAAACCUAGGAAGAAGAGAGAUGGUGAUUCUAGGGACACAGUACGCUGGAGAGAUGAAGAAAGGGCUUUUUGGUGUGAUGCACUAUCUGAUGCCUAAGAGAAAGAUUUUGUCACUUCACUCCGGUUGUAACAUGGGCAAAGAGGGAGAUGUUGCUCUCUUUUUCGGUUUAUCCGGGACCGGGAAGACUACAUUGUCGACCGAUCAUAACCGGUAUUUGAUUGGAGAUGAUGAGCAUUGUUGGAGUGAUGCUGGAGUCUCGAAUAUCGAAGGUGGCUGUUACGCGAAAUGUAUUGAUUUAUCGAGGGAGAAAGAGCCUGAUAUCUGGAACGCUAUCAAGUUCGGAACUGUUUUGGAGAAUGUUGUGUUUGAUGAGCACACGAGAGAAGUGGAUUAUAAUGACAAGUCGGUGACGGAGAACACACGUGCGGCUUAUCCGAUUGAGUAUAUCCCUAACUCUAAGAUACCGUGCGUUGGACCACACCCUAAGAACGUGAUCCUAUUGGCUUGUGACGCCUUUGGCGUGUUGCCGCCGAUCAGCAAGCUGGAUCUUGCUCAGACUAUGUAUCAUUUCAUCAGUGGCUACACUGCUCUUGUUGCAGGAACAGAGGAAGGAGUUAAGGAGCCAAGAGCGACUUUCUCGGCUUGUUUUGGUGCUGCUUUCAUUAUGCUUCACCCAACCAAAUAUGCAGCUAUGUUAGCCGAGAAAAUGCAAGCUCAAGGAGCCACUGGUUGGCUUGUUAACACCGGCUGGUCCGGUGGAAGCUAUGGAGCUGGAAGUCGGAUCAAGUUGGCGUAUACAAGAAAGAUAAUUGAUGCUAUACAUUCAGGAAGUCUGCUGAAUGCAACAUAUCACAAAACAGAAAUUUUUGGUUUGGAGAUUCCAAAUGAAGUUGAAGGAGUGCCUUCUGAGAUUCUGGAACCUAUGAAUGCAUGGGAAGACAAAGAGGCUUAUAAGGACACAUUGUUGAAGUUGGCUGGUUUGUUUAGAAACAAUUUUGAGACAUUCACUAGUCAUAAGAUUGGAGAUGAUGGCAAAUUGACUGAAGAGAUUCUUGCAGCUGGUCCCAACUUCUAAAGUAAUGAAGAUGAUGAACCAACCAUUUAAACAAAAUAUAAAAUAAAAA